AUGUUUGCUUCAAAAUCAAUACAUGUUGAACGAUUUUACUAUAGAAGCUUCAACUUACCAAAUGUUAUUCAGUCAAGAAAUAUUGUUGGAUUUGUUAGAAAUGCUCUGGGGUUAGAGCCACCCCCAUCCCCAGACGCUCCACAAGAAUCAAACAGAUUUCAUCCUUGGGAAGAAUCGCCCUGCCCUGAUUUGCGCGCAAGAGCUAUGAGGAUUAAAAAAUUAGCACGUUGUCCAGUUACUGAGAAGGAUAUUAGAUAUACAUGUCCAAUAUCAGGUAUUCCAACUCAUCAUUCCAGGGAAGCGUGGGAAAUGGAUAAGAAUUACCAUCAAAAUAAAAUCUAUGAAAAAUUAAAGAAAGUUAACAUUUAUGAACAUGAUCUAAGAAGUGGUAGAGCCUUCCCAGAAUUUGAUUUUCCAUUAGAACAAGGAUUUGAUAGAGCGGUCAGUUUACAAAAUUGGGAUUUAUUCUUUUAUACAAGACAAUUUUAUUCGAUGGAUACCGAAUUUGAAUUGGCUACAGUCACAAAAAUGUUAAGUUAUCCCAUCACAAUUGCAUCUAUAUUACAUGAAUAUUCUCCAUACUCUUAUAAUAAGAGAGGUCCACUAACUUUAGAAGGUUUGAAGUCCAUUGCUGCUUUAAGAUACACUCUAUAUCCAUCAAAAACUAAAAAUACAUUACCAACUAACAACCCAAUGAGAAUCUUCAUUGUUGGCGCCAGAGCUGAAAGUCAACUACCUGGUCAUGUUUGGAAGCAACUACAGUUUUUGUUCCCUGCACAAGAUUUUGAAAUUCAUUUUAUAGGCCCUGAAUGCCAAUUAAAUGAAACUAGACAAACUGAUUCUACCAGUCCAUUAGUGAAGAAGAUUGAUGAUACAUUAUCAUUAAUAUAUCACCCACAAUAUUUUCAUGAAUUACAUCUAGCCCAAGAUUUUUACCCAUAUGACCCAUACAAUGAUGUUUUUUUCAUUUUCCACCCAGGAUUUGCCUAUAGUGAUACUACAAAUUUAUGGAUGAAUGAUACUAUGAAAGGUCUUCUAGAUACCAAAUGUGCAAUUUUUCAUACUGGUUUCAAUGAAAAUGAUAUAAUGAAUGAUGUAGCAUUACUAAAAGAUAAAUAUGAUAGAGAAUUAGAUGUCUUAUUAGAACCUGUCAAGAAUGUAUUUGGCAGUACCAAGUGGGAGCUAAAUGAUUACAAUCCACAAGAAAUCUAUCAAUUUAAUAUGUAUAUUACUGGUUUUAGAGGAAAGAGAUACCGUGUUCAAAGAGCUUGA